GUUCCUAUAAAUAAAGGCUUCUUAUCUGCCAAACUCACCAAAAAACACCGACAAACGCAUUACCGGUUAAGGAAAAGAAAAAAAAUGAGGGGUUUUCAUGGUACAGUGACAGCUCUGUGUUGUGUAGUGGUUGUGCUCGGAGUGUUUCCACUCUCUCUAGAUGCACAAGCACAACAACUUGAUCCUUCGUUUUACAGAAACACAUGUCCCAGGGUUCACUCCAUUGUUCGUGAAGUCGUGAGAAACGUUUCGAAGAAGGAUCCUCGCAUGCUCGCCAGUCUCAUUAGACUUCACUUUCAUGACUGCUUUGUUCAAGGGUGUGAUGCCUCGGUUUUACUGAACAACACUGCUACAAUAGUGAGUGAGCAGCAAGCUCUGCCGAACAACAACUCACUAAGAGGUUUGGAUGUUGUGAAUGAUAUCAAGACAGCAGUGGAAAAUGCUUGCCCCGGCGUGGUUUCUUGUGCAGACAUUCUUACUCUUGCAUCUGAAAUUUCUUCAGUUCUGGGAGGUGGUCCUGACUGGAAAGUUCCGUUGGGAAGAAGAGAUAGUUUAACAGCAAACCGAACACUUGCCAAUGAAAACCUUCCAGCUCCUUUCUUCAACCUAACCCGACUCAAAGAUGCAUUUAGAAAACAAGGCCUUGACACUACUGAUCUGGUUGCACUCUCAGGUGCUCAUACAUUUGGCAGAGCUCACUGUUCGUUCAUUCUUGACCGAUUGUACAACUUCAGUGGUACUGGGAGACCCGACCCAACUCUGGACACAACUUAUUUGCAACAAUUGCGGUCACAGUGCCCCCAAGGUGGACCGAACAACCUUGUAAAUUUUGACCCGACAACUCCUGAUACAAUCGACAAGGCCUACUACUCUAAUCUUGUGGUUAAAAAGGGUUUGCUUCAGAGUGAUCAAGAGUUGUUCUCGACGCCCGGCGCUGAUACCAUUCCCAUUGUCACCAGGUUCAAUAGCGAUCAAAAGGUUUUCUUUGACGCGUUUGAGGCUUCAAUGAUUAAGAUGGGUAACAUUGGUGUGCUCACUGGGAAGCAAGGAGAAAUCAGAAAGCAUUGUAAUUUUGUUAACACGAAAUCUGUCGAACUUGAUACUGUGGUCUCUGGGGAAUCUUCUGAAGACGGUUUGGUUAGCUCUUUCUAAAUGAAUUAGGAUCACUAUAUUCUACACUUGGAAUGGAGUGAUUUGAAGCCACCAAUAAACAAGUUUUUACCCAUGUUAUGUGAUGUGUUACAUGUUUGAAUCGUGUUUUAAUUUUAGUUCUGGAAAGAGAUCCUGAAGAAGCUAAAAUAUGAUAGAAGUUGAACAAAUCAUUUAAAAUCUAAUUGACCACUGUUUGUAUUUAUUCGCU